AUGGUUGUUGGAUGGUGCCAAGAGAAGAAAUUCCAUGUGCGGGGGAAGUCCAGCGCUGUUGGCGGCACCUUGUUCUGUUGCCUGCCGCCUGCGACAGUGCUCAGCAGCAACCUCAUCGUCAUCGAUGUUUUCCUUCAUUCAAAAGGUCGUGAUCUUGAACACAACAGAGACCUCUGGUUCCGACAUCAACUUCUCAACACCAAGCACCCACAGCGUGAACUCCCCUCACGCACACUAUCCUUUCUGCAGUUAAGCACCCUUGGCACACCAUCUCUUCACAGUGGCUACGACGCCAAAUCCUCACCUCUCAGCACCAUUGGCCCAUCACACACCACCCCUGGCAUGCAUCACCACUGA